AUGGCAUUUUCCGGUUUUGGGUUUGGAGGUGGCACACCCGGCCCCGCUCCAGUUCAGCCAUCAUCGUCAAAGGAUGACAAGAAUAUCACUGGAAAAUUCGAUCCAACUGCGUUGGAACGCGGGGCAAAAGCUCUGAGGAUGCUGGAUUCCUCACCAAAUGCCCAGAAGGCUUUCGAACUGACAAGGCUACAGGAGCUAACGCGCCAACAAGAGAUAAAGAAGGAGAUUGAACAGAUGCACUUGCGUCAAACUGAACUUGGAGCCCAAAGAGCAAGGAUUGAAGGUGAUGAACGGCGUAAGCUUGCGGCACAACAACAAGAACAAGAAAGGAUAACCGCUCAGUAUAAAGCCCAGCUUGAGUCAGAGGCGUAUCAGAAAAAGCUGAUUGAUCAGAGACGUCAGAAUGAAGAGUGGCUUCAACAACAACAUCAGCAAUUUUUACGCCAAGAAGAAAUUAGAAAAAAGACGGAGCUAGACAUACUAGAAAUGCGUAAAGCUCAAAUGAAGGAGGAAAAAGCCCUUGAACGCGAAAAUAUACGGGCAAAGGUCCAAGAAGAAUCCAAAGGCAAAAUAAAGCAGGAACGCGAAAAUUUCGAUGUUCAUGUCAAGAUGAUGAAGGAGAGAGCAAUAGAAGAGAGACAAACAAAAUUGGAAUCAUUGAAUAUUAUCUUUUCGUCUUUGGGAGCAGCGUUCUCCUCUCUUUUGGCUGACAAGGAACGUCUUACAACUGGUGUGACAGCACUUACAGCCCUGGCAAUCGGAGUUUACGGAGCCAGAGCUGGUACAAGGGUACUAGGAAAAUUUAUGGAGCAGAAAAUUGGAAAGCCACCACUUGUUCGUGAUACUUCCAGAUGGGUGCUGAUGAACGGACUCGGAAAUUUCGUCAAGGGACUUGUUAAAACAAACAAAGAACUGAAAAUUGAUCAAAUCGUCCUCAAUGAUCAACUAUACCAAAGACUAAAUUGGACAGUAAACUCUCUAGUUAGAGCAAAGGAAAAUGGAACAAACUUUAGGCAUAUUUUAUUAUAUGGCCCGCCAGGUACAGGUAAAACUUUGUUUGCUAAGACAGUUGCAAAACGAUCCGGAAUGGACUAUGCUAUAAUGACUGGUGGAGAUGUUGGACCAUUGAGAGAGGAAGCUGCCAGUGAAAUAAACCGACUCUUUGAGUGGUCUAAAAAGUCAAAGCGUGGUUUGGUCCUAUUCAUUGACGAAGCUGAAGCUUUUCUGAGAAAGGGUCGAUCAAGUGUCCAGGGAAUGUCAGAAAACGUCAGAAAUGCUCUAUCAGCAUUUCUAUACCAUACUGGUACAGAAACUGAUAAGUUUUGCCUAAUAUUGGCUACAAAUGAGCGUGAUAUUCUGGAUCCGGCUAUAGUUGACAGAAUGGAUGAACAAUACGAAUUCCCAUUACCUGAAACUAAUGAGAGAAAACGCAUGAUAACCCUGUUUAUGCACCAAUUUGUAAUAAAUCCAACUAAACGCGGUAAAAAGAUACAAAUUGAUCCAAGAAUAAAUGAUGAAUUCUAUGCCAAAGUUGCCGAAAAGACUGAGAAGUUGUCAGGAAGACAGUUGGCAAAGCUUUGUAUAAGUUUACAAUCCGCCGUCUACGGUUCUGGCACUACCCAGUUAACUCUCGAACUUGCUAAUACUGUAAUUGAUUGGCAUUUGGAACGAUUUAACAAGGGAAUUGCGGAUAAAGACGAUAUUUAA